UUAACUGCACAUGCGCGAAAAGCCAAUCGAUAAAUCCUUUGGAAAACGCUGAAAGACCAACGCCAACUACAACUUAUUACUUUAAACGAGAUUUCCAUCGAAUUAUCAGCCACAAUUACGUGCAAAGAUUAUACUAUGAACAAACUAAAACAAGAUCCGGAUGCUAAAGCAAAAUUGAAAAAGAAGAAAAAGAAGAAAAAUAACAUAAACAAACAUAAGAGGAACUGUGAGCCGGUAAACGUAUCGGCCGACCUUGUGGCAGCCCUAACUGCUCUUCGUCUUGAUGGGAAACCUAAGAAAAAGGUAAAGAGCAAGAAGAAAUCAAAGAAAGUCAAGGCAAAACCUGUCGCACAGGAGCAAAUAGCGGGUACAUCCGACCAACCGACUCCGCAGCAAAAACCCGAACAUUGUGCGUGGAAUUUAGAUUGUAGUCACAUUACUACUACAUACAAUGGUCCUUCAAUGUAAUAAUUCCGUUGUAUCCCAAUCUGCGUGUUACUUGUUCAAUGUUAUUAUGGUUGGAUUUACUUAUUUUAUGUGAAUUUAAUAGUAAAUAAAUUCAAGUAAAUUCAUGGUUGUUGUUAAGGUACCUAAUAAUUAAUGUUGUCUGUUCGUAAUUGUUGUGGUUACUAAUAAUUUCUUCAUAGUUCAUUCUUCAUUUUCUAUCUAGGAGUUGUUAGUGAAAAUAAGUCGUCGCCCAGAUAAAACAUUAUUUCUAAAGCCUCGUAACAUAUUAGGUAUAUAAUACCCGUGACGAUGAUAAUAUUGUAAUAAAAAUCGACAGGCUAAUAAUUAUAAUAUCCAGGUUCUUUAAAAAAUAUAUACGUAUUUUUUGCUGAAAAUUUCAUCACCAUUCAGUCAUCUCAGAUUAUAUAUUAUUAUUACUAAUGGUAAAUGUUGUUGUAAUAUUUCUUUUAUUUUUUAAUAAUACUAUGAAAAUUUAAUGGAUAUUUUUUGAUAUCUUUCCUACGAAUUGCGACUAUUGUGUUCAAAUAUGGAGACGGGGCCUCAGAUAAACCUAAAAGCCUGAUGGUGUUUAUUUUUCUUAAUUCUAGUCCUAUAUUGUGAAACUAUGUGUACUAUAAUAUUGUCUCUUCAAUAAAUAACAAAACAUA